UGUCUAGGCGCAACAACUGAACUCUCACGUGUACCACAAGAGACAGUUAGGAUGAAGCGACAUGUCAGAGCUACAUCAUUAAUGUUUUAUUUCUGAUUAUUCUGCAGACAGCAGUGACACCAAAAUUCAUGAUUUUAUAAACAGCCAACUGAAAGUGUUCGAAAUGGAUCCCAGUAAUUAUGUGAAUGCCACUAACAUUUCCAAUGUUAUUCAGGAAUUAGAAGCUUUGGGACCUGAUUUACAAGUAUUUCUCAUCAUUCUGUAUUCUUUAACGGCAGUGCUAGCUUUAGGAGGUAACUUAACGGUAAUCCUUGUUUUGAUUUUCGGAAAAAAAUCUUCUCGAGAUCUCCGGGUCUUUCUCAUCAAUUUAGCUGCUUCUGACAUCACUAUGGCGACUUUUUCUAUCCCGUUUACUUACACAGACUUCAUGCUCGGGCGCUGGAUCUUCGAGCCGUUCUUUUGUCCAAUCGUGAUGUUUAUGCAGCAUUGUUCAGUUAUUGUCAGCGUUUAUACGUUAACAAUCAUUGGUUUAGACAGAUACUACGCCAUUAUGUAUCCCCUUGGUUUUCAAUGGACAAAGUCCAGGGGACUAGUUAUCAUCGCAGUCAUCUGGACAGUAGCCUCAGGAAUAUCCAGUGUACAGUUGGUCCACGGGCGAGCUGAAGUUUUCUAUAUACAAGAACAGAUGUUCUACGACUGUAACGAAGUUAUGGAUGAGUUUGAUAGCAAGGUGUACACAAUCGUCGUAUUCGUCGUGACGUUUCUCCUACCACUGCUGGUUCUAACUUACACAUAUGCUACUAUAGGCUUGAAGAUGUGGAAACACAGUGUCCCUGGUAACGCUCAUGACGUCAGAGAUCAUCAGCAGCUUCAGUCUAAACAUAAGGCCAUUAAGAUGUUAGCCGUUGUGGUUUUACUUUUUGCUGUUUGCUGGCUUCCAAUUCACAUCUUCAGCAUGUUGAUAUACUUCAAAGAAGAUUUCACCAUCGUUCAGAACGAAGAAGAGUAUUUUGCAUUUGUAGCAGCUUUCUUCUGUUGCCAUUGGCUUUCCAUGGCUAAUAGUUUCGUCAAUCCUUUAGUUUACUGCUUCAUGAGCGAGAAUUUCAGGGCGGACUUGAAACAGCUGCGGUUUUUCUGCUAUUCUCGGAGAACAAAAAAAGCGACAAGGUUAAAUUUUCCGUUGACUUGCAGCCGUCACUCCAGUUCUUUCCGUACCACAACUGACGUCAUUGCGUCAACUAACCAAUGUAAGACAAAUGACCCACCUCCACAAAUUGGAAUGAAAUCAUUCUCCAACCCUUUGCUCCCAAAAUAGCCACCGUACCUAGAAAACGAUAUCAUAUUCACACCAAGAUAUACGUCAGUGUUAUAUAAUCGUGUUUCUUUUGGUUGUGUUAAGGAUAGUAUAUUUGAAUGUAUUCGUUGUAUAAACAGUAUAAAAUUAUUAUAUAAGCCCUUUGUGGUAAAUAUACUGUAUUUGAAUAUAUUAUCUUCAUUAUCUCGUACGAUAUUAUUUGCUUUGUAUUUCUUUGUUGUUGUAAAAAGAUUGGGUUAUUACAACAACCUUUUUUUAAAAUAUAUAUAGUGUUUUAUACUUCGGUUAUUUAUCUAAUUACUUAAGUCGUCUGUAUCUCCAUUAUCUUCUUCACCCUUUGAAAACCUCCAAUUUAAGAGAUUGACUGAGAUGUAACAUAUUAAUUGACUUAAAAAGUAAUAUUUCUUUGUGAAUGUACAAUUAUUUCUAUGUUUCAGAUUUGUUUUCAAAAAUAUUCAUUUAUGAGUCAGAUACUUUCAGGUAUUCUAUUGUAAAAACUCCAUUUCUAUAGGAUAGAAUAUAUCGUAUAAUGCUUGGUGUAUCACAAUAGCAUUUGAAGUUAUGUGUUAAUGGGUUUUAACAUUAAAUCUCAAGAGCACUACAAUGUACAAUAAAAUGCUUAAUGUCAACUACAUUUUCCGUGUGUUAUUUUUGGUAUCAGUGUAUGAUUGUCGUAUAGUAAACCAUGUUUUUGAUUCCAAAAAUAAAAUAGGAAUAUUAAAUACAAAGGAAGAUCAAAUUUUACAAAUUUGAGAGAUAGAGCAAUUUUUAAACAGUUUUGUAAGAGCUUUGGUUGCUAAAGUAAUCACCUUACAAACUACACAACUAUUUCUAUGGGCGUUAACAUGAGAAUAUACAUAUUUCCACUGUUAUACCUUGAAUGCGUAUUGCGUUGAAAAAACAAAACACGUUAAGUACGUAAGUAGGAAAAUGUGAAGAAAACGUUCCGUGUUGAUGCACUGUAUUUCAAAAUAAUUACAAUUUUAGGGUUCGAAAAUACGU